AUGAAAAAGAUAGAUAUUAGCAAAGUAAAAUCAUUAGCUGACUGCCAAAAAUUUGUCCUCUUUGAUGAAAAAGUUAAACUUGUUGAAGAAUUAAUGCAGAACUGGAUUAGAACAGUUCAAGAGGUUAUAGCAGAAAGCAGAGAAAUAAAACAAGAAACUGAUGAAACAGGACCUUUAAAUGAACUUAAACAUUGGAGAUAUGUUCUGUGUAGGUUCAGUUCAGUGGAAGAAUUUGUGAAAUCAGAAAAGUUCCAAACUGUUUUGAAAAUACUGACUGCUGCACAAUCUCGAAUGAUAAAGCUUUGGAUGGAGCAAGAUAGGCAACUCACUGACAAAAUCAAUGAAGCCAGAGAUAAUGUUAAGUUUCUAAAAAAGUUGGAGAAAAUUUGUGAGGUUUUUUACAAGAAUGAUUUGAGCCAAAUAAAGAAAACUAUUCCACUUUUAAUAUCAAAUGUGAAAAUGAUUCAUUCCUUUUCAAGGUUUUAUCACACACCUGAACAUAUUACUUCAUUCUUUAGCAAGGUGACCAAUCAGAUUGUUAUAAUAUGCAAGAAGUAUAUAACUGAUGAUGGUAAGGUUAAUUUGUGGACUAUGCCUCGUGAUACGUCUGUUAGCCGAAUGAAAACUUGUAUUACAUUGUUUGAAGAUUAUAAGCAAGAAUUAAAAAAGGCAAGGCAGGAAAAUUUUGCGCCGUCAGUUGGGAGAAAGUUUGAAUUUUUUGAAGUUCCAGUUUUAGGAACCUUUCAUUCUUUUUACAAGAGACUGAUAGAAAUUUGUGAAUUGUUUGAAACCAUAGAUGAACUUUCAACUCUAAAUCAAUGUCACAUUGAAGGUAUUGAAACUUACUCAGCAAAGUUAAAUUCCGUUAUUAAUGUAGUGAAAGGAAAAGGGUAUGAUCUAUUAGAUCAUCGUAAAAUGGAUUUUGAUGCUGAUUGCAAGGAAUUCAAGAAGCAAAUAUGUGAAUUAAAGGAUCCCAUAAGCCAGUUUGAAAAUGUUACUGAAGCUUAUCAGUCACUUUUACUACUUGAGAGGUUCCAAAACCUCAAUAUUUCUGGUCUGGAUACCACUUGUCAAUACCACAACAUUUUCAAAUACUUUGAAUAUGAAUUAGAUGUGAUAAAAAAGAUUUAUAACAGAAAAGUAUUGGAUCCUGGAAUUUCUAGGUGUGAACGAUUAUGUUCUCAAAAGAUAUCUUUUGGAAGAAUGUUGUUGAACAGUAUUCAGCAGCCUAUGGAAAUGUUGAAACCAGCUUUACAUCUCUUGCCAGAAGAAGAUUCAGCUAGAAUUGUUCAGAGUUACAACAUAUUGGCAGAGUUGUUAAUGGAAUACAUGAUUCUUCACCAUAAUAUUUAUUGUAAGAAAGUUAAAAAAGCUGUGAAAGAGGUGGAAAAAACUGUAGUAAUUCAGAUGCAAAAUGAAAAUGGAGAUGACUUUUGGGCUGUUAAUUUCACAAACACACUUUACUACAUGAUACAAGAUUCUCAAGCCAUAGUUUCUCUUGACUUAAGCAUACCAGAUGAAGGAAAAUUUUUGUUGCACAAUUAUGACAAAUUAAUGACGUCUAAAGUGCAGUUGCAGGAGCUUUUAUACAACUUAAGAAAGAUUAAAGCAAGAAUCCUCAACAUUUUUAGUCCUCUCAUAUCACCUGUGGUUAAAAGGGUUGAUUCUGCCAUAAAGCCAGGUGGAACGUAUUUAAAAUGGCUUAGUACAAAGCUUGAAUCUUACAUUAUAAAUGUAAGAAAAGAAAUAGAAAAUUUGGAAUUCAUCAUUUUUAGGGCUAAUGAUACCAACUCAACGAGACUUAAUAGGUUACUAGACAGUAUAGUCAAAAUUUAUCUUUUUGAACCACCAAGUUGCUCUUUAGAUCCUGAGAGUUUUCCAGAAGAAGUUCAGGCAAGUAGUCUAUUAGUUUUUGUUGAAAAAGCAAAUUGCAGAUCUUGUGAAAAAGUGUUAACAUUUAAGUGUAAAAGCUAUGACGCAGUUGUGGAAGAACUUGUUUCUUUUCUCUCCCGUGAAGCAAAACGCUCUUCACUUGCGAUUGCUCAAGCUGAUUUAUUUGGAGGUGAUUCUUCAGCUGUUGGUGCAAUGGCUUCUCAAUUUGUUAAAAGGCUUAAUAUGUCCUAUAUCACUAAAAGCACCAAAGAAAUUAACUUAGUACUUUCUGAUAAGGUGUCAAUCUUGGCAAUAAAUUCAGAAAUCAAAAUUGAUGCUGUUUUUCAUUUGAAAAGAAAAAGGGGAGAGGACCGAGUGAAACCUUUUAUUAAAAAGACUGAGGGCUCUGAAGUUAAAAUAACUGAGCCAUUAUUUCGUACAUGGAUGGUUGUGGAUAAAGGUGUUUUGACUAUUAAUCCAAGCAUUGAUUCUAUCCAAAGAGCUCUCAACGAUGCUGUUGCCAUCAUUCGAAAAACAAUUGACAAAGUGACGUUGCAAAGAGAUGAAGCAAUCAAAAAAAAGAGACCUCCAAAGCCACUACAACCUGGUGAAGUUGAAAUGACAUUUCAGAAACGAGUUAUGGACGUUUCAGAUGUACAAAGAUUAGUUGCUUUCUUAGAUACAGCUGCAAGAAGCAUUCAGCCCAUAAUUACUGAAGUUUUUAAUAUAUUCAUGGUUUACAAAGACAUUUGGGCUGAGGAUAAGGACAAACAGAUUCAAGAUUAUAUGAAGCAAAAUCCAUUGAUUUAUGAUUUAAAAUGCAAGCUUGAGUAUUACAAAGAUAUUGAAAACAAUAUUUCAUCUAUCCCUUACUCUUAUAUUGUGCCGGGAAUUGAGAUUCUGACUGGGGAAAUGAAAAAGACUAUAUUAAAAGAAGUACGUCAAUGGUUUUCUCUGUAUGGAAGCUACAUUAAUCAAAAGUACCUCAACAUCAUGACUAAAAUUUCAGACUUUAUUGAUGACAAAGAUAAAAAGCUAAGUCUUCCUGUUGUUGAACUACAAGAUGUACAGCGAGCUAUGAAUUGUUUUGAAGAGAUUCAGGAAAAUGAUAUUGAUUUUGAUAUGGAAUUUGAACCUUUGCAGGAUGCUUACCAAUUAUUGCUGAAGUUUAAAUUUCCAGUGGAUAUGGAUGAAGUUAAAAGAUCAAAAAACUUGCCAGACUUAUUUGCUGCUUUAAAACGGAAAGCUGCAAAGGUUGUUGACAAACUUACAGAAAAGCAAUAUGAAUAUCUUGCUAUUUUGAGAAAAUUUAUCGAAGUAUUUAGGAUUGAUGUUGAAGAAUUUGACAUUGCUUAUCAAUCUUCGGGACCUCUGGUUCCUGGUAUCACUCCCGAGGAAGCAAGUUUACGGGUUGAUCAGUUUGCGGAUCAUUUGAACCAACUGUACAGUAGAUAUGAAAGCUAUAAGGAUGGAGAAGAAUUAUUUGGGUUGCCUAUUUCUGAAUAUCCAAGCCUGGUUCAGAGCAAAAAAGACAUGGUGUUGUUACAGAAACUUUUUGCCCUGUUUAAUCAAGUUAUGAGAAAAAUUAAAGGAUAUUUUGAAUACAAGUGGAAAGAUGUGGAUGUACAAGUGAUGACUGAUGAACUAUCAGAUUUUCAGACUAAAUGCAUGAGGCUGCCAAAAGGAUGCAAAGAUUGGAAUUACUUCAACGAUCUGAAGCAGCGAAUAGAAGAUUUCAAAGAAACUUGUCCACUUCUUACGCGGCUACGAAAUGAUGCCAUGACAGUUAAUCAUUGGAAGAGAAUUGAAAAAGUAUGCAGUCAUCAGUUUGAUGAAGAUCAAUCAAAGUGGACUUUGGGCACUGUAAUGGAAGCGCCUUUGCUGGAAUUUAAAGAUGAUGUAGAGGAUAUCUGCAUUGCUGCUGAAAAAGAAAGAGAAAUAGAAGCUAAACUGAAUCAAGUUAUUGCUGACUGGGCUGUGGAGAACUUAUACUUUGCUUCCUUUAAAAAUCGUGGGGAACUAUUGCUUAAAGGGACUGAAGCUAGUGAAACUAUAGUAAAGUUAGAAGAUGGAUUAAUGACUCUUGGCUCACUUCUGAGCAACAGGUAUUCUGCUGCCAUGAAGGACAUCAUUUUAAAGUGGCUGCAAUAUCUAACCACAGCAACAGAAGUUAUUGAGAGUUGGUUAAUGGUACAGAACUUAUGGGUAUAUUUAGAAGCAGUAUUUGUUGGUGGCGAUAUUGCAAAGCAACUUCCUGAGGAAGCUGAAAGGUUUGCUGUGAUUGAUUCUACUUGGGUAAAAUUAAUGAAAAGAGCUCAUGAAAAGGUUAAUGUGAUCAAAUGUUGUUCUGAAGAGGACACUAUGAGUACUCAGCUCCCAUAUCUCUUGGGAGAGUUAGAAGCAUGUCAGAAAUCUUUAGUUGGGUACCUGGAAAGCAAAAGAAGAAUAUUUCCAAGAUUCUUUUUCAUUUCCGAUCCAGCUUUAUUGGAAAUACUUGGUCAAGCAAGUGAUCCUCAUACAAUUCAGGCUCAUUUAUUGGGUGUUUUUGAGAAUGUAAAUGAAGUAAGGUUUGAUGAAGAAGAGUAUAACAAAAUUACAGCUGUCAUAUCUAAAGAAGGAGAUCAAAUACCUCUUGAUAGACCAGUGAUAGCUGAAGGUAAUGUUGAAAACUGGCUUGGGGACCUUCUAGUUGUUCAACAAAUGUCACUAAAUACAGUUAUAAAGCAGAGUUUUCAUAGCCUGAAUUCUGAGCAAUUUGAACUUAUAACAUUUGUGGAUCAAUAUAUUGCACAGGUGUCCCUUCUUGGAAUACAAAUGCUGUGGACUAGGGAUGCAGAAGAAGCUCUUGCAAAUGCAAGAAUAAGCAAAAAAAUCAUGCGCUUCACUAAUAAAAAGUUUGGCGAAAUUUUGAAGAAAUUGAUUGCUCAAACUACUCUUGACCUUUCCAAAUUUGUUCGAGUCAAAUAUGAAACACUUAUCACCAUUCAUGUCCAUCAAAAUGACAUAUUUGAUGAUCUGGUUAGAAUAAAAAUUAAAACACCCAGUGAUUUUGAGUGGCUGAAGCAAGCUAGAUUUUAUUACUACUUAGAUGAAAAUCUAUGCAUGGUUAAAAUAACUGAUGUUGAUUUCAUCUACCAGAAUGAAUUCUUGGGUUGCACUGAUCGUUUGGUAAUCACUCCUUUAACUGAUAGGUGUUACAUAACACUUGCUCAAGCUUUAGGAAUGAGCAUGGGAGGUGCACCAGCUGGUCCUGCUGGAACUGGAAAAACUGAAACCACUAAGGAUAUGGGAAAAGCGCUUGGAAAGUAUGUGGUUGUGUUCAAUUGCUCUGAUCAAAUGGAUUUUCGUGGGCUUGGUCGCAUAUACAAAGGACUUGCUCAGUCUGGCUCUUGGGGAUGCUUUGAUGAAUUUAACAGAAUUGAACUACCAGUGCUUUCUGUUGCUGCUCAACAGAUACACAUUGUUUUGUCUGCAAGAAAGGAGAAAAAAGAAGAAUUCCUUUUUUCAGAUGGUGAUACACUGGGAUUGAAUCCAGAAUUUGGACUUUUUAUAACAAUGAAUCCAGGAUAUGCUGGCAGACAAGAAUUACCCGAAAAUCUGAAAGUGAUGUUCAGAAGUGUUGCCAUGAUGGUUCCAGACAGACAGAUUAUCAUGCGUGUCAAACUUGCCAGCUGUGGUUUUCAGGAGAACAGUAUUCUUGCUAGGAAGUUUUUUGUACUAUAUAAACUUUGUGAAGAACAGUUGACAAAACAGGUACAUUACGAUUUUGGUUUACGCAAUAUUUUAUCAGUUUUACGAACCCUAGGUGCACAAAAAAGGUCUAGACCUGAAGAAAGUGAAUCUUCCAUUGUCAUGAGUGUUCUAAGUUCCAUGAAUGUUUCCAAACUGGUUGAUGAAGAUGAACCAUUGUUUGUAAGUCUUAUCAAUGAUCUUUUCCCUGGAAUAACCAAAGAAUCAGUUGAGUAUGACGAUUUACAAGUUGCCAUUGCAAGACAAGUUAAAGCUGCAAAUUUAAUAAACCAUCCACCCUGGAAUUUAAAAGUCAUACAACUGUAUGAAACUCAAAUGGUGAGGCAUGGAAUGAUGGCACUUGGACCAAGUGGAGCUGGGAAAACCUGCUGUAUAAGAGUCCUUAUGAGAGCUAUGACAGACUGUGGAGCACCUCACAAAGAAAUGCGAAUGAAUCCUAAAGCAAUAACUGCAUCUCAGAUGUUUGGUCGCCUAGAUGUUGCUACAAAUGAUUGGACUGAUGGCAUCUUUUCAACGUUAUGGAGGAGAACCUUAAAAACAAAAAAAGGGGAGCAUGUAUGGCUUGUUCUGGAUGGCCCAGUUGAUGCUAUUUGGAUUGAAAACCUGAAUUCUGUGCUUGAUGACAAUAAAACAUUGACUUUAGCAAAUGGAGAUAGGAUUCCUAUGUCUCCUACUUGUAAAAUUGUAUUUGAACCUCACAAUAUUGAUAAUGCAUCCCCUGCUACAGUAUCCAGGAAUGGAAUGGUGUAUAUGAGCUCUUCUGGCCUGCACUGGGAGCCAAUACUGGAGGGCUGGCUCAGUUUUCGAUCUGCAGGUGAAGCUAACAUUCUAAGAGGACUUUUUGCAAAAGUGUUUCAGCCGCUGUGUCAAUAUGUUUUGCUCUCUUUAAUACCAAAAAUGGAACUACUUGAAUGCAAUUACAUCAAACAGACAAUGGAUCUUUUAGAUGGCCUUCUUCCAUCUCCUCAAAGUGAACCAAUUAGUGCUGUGCAUUAUGAGAGACUUUUUAUUUUUGCUCUGAUGUGGUCUUUUGGAGCAUUGCUAGAACUUGACGAUAGAAGCCAAAUGGAAGUUUUUCUAAAACGUCACAAACCAAAACUAGAUUUACCUAAAGUUCAUCCUGCUAGGAAUGAAAAUAUUUUUGAAUUUUUAGUUGAUUCAGAAGGCAAUUGGCUGCACUGGACAAACCGAGUUGAAGAGUACAUCUAUCCUACUGAUAGUGUUCCUGCCUUUUCAUCAAUACUUGUCCCUAAUGUUGAUAAUGUCCGUACAAAUUUCCUAAUUGAUGUCAUACAAAAGCAAAAUAAAGCUGUAUUAUUAAUUGGUGAACAGGGAACUGCAAAGACUGUAAUGAUUAAAGGUUAUCUGAACUCAGCUGACCCAUCUGAAUUUGUGUGGAAAAAUUUAAGUUUUUCUUCUGCCACAACACCUCAAAUGUUUCAGAGAGCAGUAGAGAGCUGUGUAGAGAAGAAAAUUGGAACUACUUUUGGUCCUCCUGGUGGUAGAAAGAUGGCGAUAUUUAUUGAUGACAUCAACAUGCCUGAAAUCAAUGAAUGGGGUGAUCAAGUCACUAAUGAAAUUGUUCGUCAGCUGAUGGAAAACAAAGGUUUUUACAACUUAGAUAAACCAGGAGACUUCACCACUAUUGUAGACAUACAGUAUAUUGCAGCUAUGAUUCAGCCUGGAGGAGGUAGAAAUGAUAUCCCCAGCAGAUUAAAACGGCAGUUUUCUGUUUUUAAUUGUACUUUACCAGCACCGAGAUCCAUUGAUAAGAUAUUUGGUGUUAUUGGAUGUGGAUAUUUUUGCAAAGAACGGUUCUCAGAAGAAAUAACAGAAUUUGUCGAACCUUUUGUUCAGGCUACUAGAAUUUUAUGGCAAGACACCAAGGUGAAGAUGCUACCAACACCUGCUAAAUUUCAUUAUGUGUUUAACCUGAGAGAUUUGUCUCGUAUUUGGGAAGGCAUGUUAAAAAUAGAAAAAGCUGAAUGCUCUACAAAAACUGAUCUUCUCGCCUUGUGGAAACAUGAAUGCACUCGAGUCAUUGCUGAUAGAUUUACUAAUAAUGAAGAUAAAGAAUGGUUUUUUGAGAGGAUGACUCAUGUAGUAAAGCAAGAGAUUGGUCCAGAGUAUGCAGAGAUAAUUCCAAAGGAACCAUAUUUUGUUAAUUUCAUGAGAGACCCUCCUGAACCUUCAGAUGAAGAAGCAGAAGCUGUGUUAGAAAUGCCCAUUGUUUAUGAACAAAUUCCAUCUUUUGAAGAACUGGCUGAAAGACUGAACUAUUUCAUGCAUCAGUACAAUGAAACUACUCAUGGCCUUCAAAUGGAUCUUGUAUUUUUUAAAGAUGCAAUGGUGCAUUUAAUUAAGAUUGCUAGAAUAUUAAGUACUCCUCAAGGAAGUGCCCUCUUGGUUGGUGUUGGUGGAUCUGGUAAACAGUCUUUGACACGCUUGGCUGCUUCAAUUUACAAACAUGAAAUUUUCCAAAUUACACUUACUCGGUCUUAUAAUGUUGGCAAUCUUGUAGAUGAUUUGAAAUUUUUGUAUAAAAAAGCUGGAGAGGAAGGGAAAGGAGUCACUUUCAUAUUUACUGAUAAUGAAAUUAAAGAAGAAGCAUUUCUGGAAUAUUUAAAUACAAUACUUGGAUCAGGAGAGGUUGCCAAUUUAUUUCCAAAAGAUGAGCUUAGAGAAAUUACAGAUAACUUGCUGCCAGUGAUGAAAAAAGAACUGCCAAAGAAGGAGCCUACUCCAGACAAUUUAUAUGACUUUUUUUUAAGUCGAUCAAGGGCUAAUUUGCACAUUGUUUUAUGUUUUUCUCCUGCUGGGGGGAAAUUCCAGAAACGAUCUCUUAAAUUUCCGGGAUUGAUUUCUGGUUGCACCAUGGAUUGGUUGACAUCAUGGCCAACUGAUGCCCUCAUUGAUGUUUCUUCAUACUUUAUCCGUCAAUUUGAUGUUGAAUGCACUCCUGAUAUAAAAUCUCAAUUAAUGGAAGCAAUGGGUAUAAUACAUGAUGCUGUUUCAGUACAAUGCAAUGAAUAUUUCCAAAGAUUUCGAAGGCUUACAUAUGUUACUCCAAAGUCAUAUCUUGCUUUUAUAAGUGGAUAUAAAGCCAUUUAUACUCAAAAGUUAACUGGAAUAAAUGCCUUGGCAUUUCGUAUAAACAGUGGACUAACUAAAUUGGCUGAAGCUGAAAUAAGUGUAAAUGAACUGAGAGCCGAUUUGCUUGUCAAAAAUAAGGAAUUGGAAGUAGCCAACAAAGAAGUGUCUGAAGUUGUUGAAGUAGUAAAACAAAAAUCCAAAGAAGCCGAAGCUGUAAAAGAUAAAGUCAAAGUUGAAAAGGAUAAAGCUCAAGUCAUUGUGGACAAAAUUUCUGUGGAAAAAGCUGUUGCUGAAGAAAAACUUGAAGCUGCAAAGCCUGCUUUAGCAGCUGCAGAAGCUGCAUUAGAAACUAUUAAACCAGCUGAUAUAGCAACUGUACGUAAAUUAGCCAAACCACCUCAUUUAAUCAUGAGAAUUAUGGAUUGUGUGCUUAUCCUCUUUAGAGAGCCAAUGAAUCCAGUCGUUCAAGAUCCUGAAAAACCCUGCCCUACUCCAUCCUGGGCUCAAUCAUUAAAGGUUAUGAGUAGUGCAACCUUUCUUUCAAAUUUACAAACAUUUCCAAAAGACUCCAUAACAGAUGAAGUUGUUGAACUGAUGGAACCAUACAUCCAUAUGGAGGAUUAUACUUUAGAAGCUGCAAUGAAAUCAUGUGCACAAGUUGCUGGUCUUUUGUCUUGGACUUUAGCUAUGGCUAGUUUUUUUGCAGUGAAUAAAGAAGUGUUGCCAUUAAAAGCAAAUUUAGCAGUAUUAGAAGCACAAAAUGAUAAAGCAGCUAGGGCUUUGGCUAAGCAGCAGAAAAUACUUGAUGAAAAACAAGCUGAAUUAGAUGAAAGCAAUAAACAAAUGAAUGAAAUUUUGGCAAAGAAACAAGAGUUGAAAGAUACCGCAGACACAUGUGAACGUAAAUCAAAUGCUGCCGAAGCCCUUAUAUCGGGUCUGAAAGGAGAGAAAUUAAGGUGGACUGAAGAUAGUAAAAGAUUCCAAAGCCAAAUUGAUAAACUUGUUGGUGAUGCUCUACUUUUGACUGGUUUCCUAUCAUACUCUGGCCCUUUUAACCAAGAAUUUAGAACUCUUCUUUUUAAUUUUUGGAAAAAUGAGCUUGUAGAAAGGAAAAUUCCUUUUGAUGAAGAUUUGAAUUUAAUAAAUUCUUUAACAGAUGUUCCUACUAUUGCUGAAUGGGGUGUACAAGGAUUACCUAAUGAUGAACUGUCGCUUCAGAAUGGUAUAAUUGUAACUAAAUCUGAGCGAUAUCCUUUGCUUAUUGAUCCCCAAGGACAAGGCAAAGCAUGGAUAAUCAAAAAGGAAACUCAAAAUGGAUUGAUAGUGACAAAUUUGAAUCACAAGUUUUUUCGACAAUUUUUUGAAGAUGCUUUAUCUCAAGGACGCCCAUUCUUAAUAGAGGACGUGGGCGAAGAACUAGAUCCAGUUUUAGAUAAUGUAUUAGAUAGAAAUUUUGUCAAGUCAGGAAGCAUUCUAAAGGUUCAAAUUGGUGAUAAAGAUGUUGAUUUUCUCAAGUCUUUCAAGUUAUAUAUUACUACAAAAUUGCCCAAUCCAACUUACUCUCCUGAAGUUUCUGCUCGAACUUCAGUGAUAGACUUCACUGUUACCCAAAAAGGUCUUGAAGAUCAAUUAUUAGGCCGUGUUGUCUUGGCAGAAAAACAGGAACUCGAAUCUGAAAGAGUUGCAUUGAUGGAAAAUGUUGCUGCAAACAAGAGAAAAACAAAGGAAUUAGAGGAUAAUUUACUUCACAAGCUUGCUACAACAGAGGGCUCAUUAGUGGAUGAUGAAUCACUGAUUGAAGUUUUGAAGAUAACAAAAGAGACGGCUGCAGAUGUUGCAAAGCAGUUGGAUAUUGCUGAUGCCACUAAUAAAAUGAUAAAUGAAGCUAGAGAAGAAUACAGGCCUGUUGCUGCACGAGGAAGCAUUCUAUACUUUCUGAUUUGUGAUAUGGCUAUGGUGAAUGUGAUGUACCAAACAUCUUUAGUCCAAUUUUUGGGUAUAUUUGAUAUUUCUUUAGAAAGAUCCGAGAAGUCCCCAAGAGCAAGCGCAAGAAUUGAAAAUAUAAUUCAUUUUCUAACAUAUGAAGUGUUCAAGUACACGUGUCGUGGUCUAUAUGAAAUGCAUAAGUUUCUUUUCACUUUGCUUCUAACCAUAAAAAUUGAUCUUUCGGAGAAGAAAGUCACUCACGAAGAAUUUGGAGCUCUUAUCAAAGGUGCAGCUCUUGAUCUAAAAGCUGUGGAACCAAAAACAUGUCGUUGGAUAACAGAUAUGACUUGGCUCAAUUUAGUUUCUCUCACUAAGUUGGAAUAUUUUAAAGAUAUUUUGGUGAAGAUUAAGAAAAAUGAAAAAAAUUGGAAAGUAUGGUACGAAAAAGAUGCUCCUGAAGAAGAAGUUAUUCCUGAUGGUUAUGAUUCACUGAAUUCGUUUUGCAAGUUACUACUUGUCAGGUGUUGGUGUAUUGAUCGAACUCUUGCACAAGCUCGAAAGUAUGUUGCGGACUCAAUGGGUCAGCGCUAUGCUGAUCCAGUCAUUUUGAAUAUGGAUUCUAUGUGGGGUGAAAGUAAUCCUAAAUGUCCUCUAAUUUGUCUUCUCACUAUGGGCUCAGAUCCCACCCAGCAAAUUGAAUCAUUAGCAAAGCAAAAAGGACUGACAUUUGGUGCAAUUUCAAUGGGACAAGGACAAGAGGUUCAUGCAAGAAAAUUAAUGAAUCAAAAUAUUGAAGAUGGUGGAUGGAUGCUUUUACAAAACUGCCAUUUAGGGUUAGAAUUUAUGGAUGAGCUUCUAGACAAACUUAUUGCGGUUGAAAAUAUUCAUGAAACAUUUAGAUGUUGGAUUACAACAGAGGUCCAUGAUAAAUUUCCUAUUUCAUUGCUUCAAGCUUCCAUUAAAUACACUAAUGAACCACCUCAAGGCAUGAGAGCUGGCCUAAAGAGAACUUAUUCCACAGUCACUCAAAAACAGUUGGAAGCUAUUACUUACCCUCAGUGGCAACCUAUGUUAUAUGCUGUUUCUUUUAUGCACAGUGUUGUUCAGGAAAGAAGAAAAUUCGGACCUCUUGGAUGGAAUAUACCCUAUGAAUUCAAUACUGCUGAUUGGGGUGCCAGUGUACAGUUUAUCCAAAAUCAUUUAGAUGACAUGAAUCCUAAAGUUGGGAUCUCUUGGCAUACAGUUCGUUACAUGCUUGGAGAAGUUCAGUAUGGUGGCCGAGUGACUGAUGACUAUGAUAAAAGACUUCUAAAUACAUUUGCUGAGGAAUGGUUUGGAGAGAAUAUGUUUCAGGAAACAUUCGAAUUUUAUGAAGGGUAUAAAAUUCCAAAGUGUCCUACCGUGGAACUGUACUUGGAAUACAUUAAUAACUUACCUGGAACUGAUACACCUCAAGUUUUUGGACUGCACCCAAAUGCUGAUAUUACUUAUCAAAGCAAUACUACCAAAGAAGUAUUGGAAACUAUUUUGAAUAUUCAGCCUAAAGAUACAGGGGGAGCUGCAGGUGAAACUCGAGAAUCUGUGGUUUAUCAAAUGGCAAAAGAUAUGAUGUCCAAACUGCCUAAAAAUUAUAUUCCACAUGAAGUAAAAGAAAGGAUCAAAACAAUGGGUGACCCAGCGGCUCCUAUGAAUAUCUUUUUAAAACAAGAAAUAGAUAGAAUGCAGCGAGUUAUAACGAACGUUAGAUCAACAUUAACAGAUUUAGAGCUAGCUAUAGACGGAACAAUAGUGAUGAAUGAGAUGCUUAGAGAUGCCUUGGAUAGCAUUUAUGAUGCUCGUAUUCCUCACUCUUGGGGCAAAGUUUCAUGGGAUUCUAGUUCCCUAGGGUUCUGGUUUACAGAGCUCUUGGAAAGAAAUACUCAGUUUUCUAAUUGGAUAUUCAAAGGUAGACCUUCCUCAUUCUGGAUGACAGGUUUCUUCAAUCCUCAAGGUUUUCUCACUGCAAUGAGGCAGGAAGUUAGCCGAGCUCAUAAAGGUUGGGCUUUAGAUACUGUUACUUUGCACAAUGAUGUAACACAAUUUUUUCGAGAAACUGUAAAAGAUGCACCAAAAGAGGGUGUUUAUGUUUAUGGUCUUUAUUUGGAUGGUGCUUCAUGGGACAAGAAAAACGCUAUUCUUGUUGAACCUGCCCCUAAAGUGCUUUUCACUGCCCUGCCUGUUGUACAUGUGUAUGCAAUAGAUUCAACUGAUCCCAAAGAUCCAGCCUUGUACCAAUGUCCAGUCUACAAGAAACCCCGACGAACGGAUCUUACAUACAUUACACCACUUUGGUUGAAAACUAAUUUACAUCCAAAUCACUGGAUUUUACGCGGUGUUGCCUUACUAUGUGAUAUAAAGUGAUAUUUCAAAAUUUUCUGUUACUUCAUUUUUGUUAGUCAAAUGUUCCAAAAUUCUGGCUAAGGAUAUUUGUU